CAUAAUCUCCUCUCCUUAGCUUGUUCGAUCCUUGCUUCUUCUUCUGCUUCUUGAUUGCUUGCUUGAUUCCUUCAUGGUAUAGUUUUCUAAUUAAUUCUUUUCACUGAUAUUUAGAAUUGAACAACUAUAUGGUUGAUGUUGUUUGCUGUGGCUGGAUUAAAACUGUUCGGACUGCUGCACCUAGCUGUGAUCCAUAGAGAAGUCACAGCGAACAGGCUGCAUCCAUCAUUUAAGAAUUUAUCAUUUCUGCAACCUUCUUGUCGUCAGUUGCUGCAUUAGCUAUUACUUUCUCCUGCUCUUUGAACGUCGUCGUCGCAUCCAGAUAUUAAAUAUGAUUCUUGUUCAAUUACAUGCCAUGGAUAAUACAAUAUACACGCACGCGCGCAGCUGAGCAACACAUCGAUAAUCAUGGACGCGUCGGCGUACAUCAAGCAGCUGCAGCAGAAGGUGGUGAGGCUGAACCAGGAGAUUGCCUGCGCGCAGGACGCCCUGAGACACAAGUCCUCCUCCUAUCCGACGGUGACCGUGGAAACCCUAGGAGUGCAGGGGUUCCUCGUCAACGUGUUCUCCGACAAGAGCUGCCCGGGGCUGCUCGUCUCCGUCCUGGAAGCCUUCGACGAGCUGGGGCUCAGCGUCCUCCAGGCCACCGCGUCCUGCGCGGCCGACUCCUUCCGCCUCGAGGCUGUGGGCGGGGAGAACGUGGUGGACAACGUGGACGAGCACGUCGUGAAGCAGGCCGUCCUGCAGGCCGUCAGGAGCUGCCCCGAGAGCGGCUGCGGCGGCGAGCACGACGACGAAGAGUCGCUAGGCUGAGCGCGCGCGUAAGCAGGCACACACGCACACGCCUCUACUUGCAUUGCAUUGGUCGUCCUCUCAUGUGUCAGCGUGCCCAGCUGGACCGCGUGUAGCUAGUCGAUCGCCGUCUGAACUCUCAGGAGACCCCUUGUUUUGCUAGCUAAUAGCAUCUCGGUUUCCCUCUCUUCCAUUUGAUUUUUUUCUUAUUUAUUUAUGCUUCUAUUUCAUCUACCUAUCGGUGGCAUGCAAUGCAAGCUGAAACAUAUAUAUAGCCGAUGAUCCGGUGAGUUCGUUCGUUCGUA